UUUGCUAAGCUAUCCCGCAAAGAAUUUUCUUUCCUCCCUAAACCCUCUCCUUUGCUCACCUUUUCUAUCCACUUCACUACAAACAAACCUUUAAGCGACCCCCUCUCCUGGGCCUCCGACGGCAGGACUCCGCGGACCUCCCAGGCCGACAGCCCUCCCUCUACCCGCGAGGGUUCCGGGCCCGGCGAGAGGGCGCGAGCACAGCCGAGGACAUGGAGGUGACUACGGACCAGCCGCGCUGGGUGAGCCACCAUCACCCGGCGGUCCUCAACGGGCAGCACCCAGACACGCACCACCCGGGCCUCGGCCAUUCGUACAUGGACCCGGCACAGUACCCCCUGACGGAAGAGGUGGACGUACUUUUUAACAUCGAUGGUCAAGGCAACCACGUCCCGUCCUACUACGGAAACUCGGUCAGGGCUACGGUGCAGAGGUAUCCUCCGACCCACCACGGGAGCCAGGUAUGCCGCCCGCCUCUGCUGCACGGAUCUCUGCCCUGGCUGGAUGGCGGCAAAGCCCUGAGCAGCCACCACACCGCCUCGCCCUGGAACCUCAGCCCCUUCUCCAAGACGUCCAUCCACCACGGCUCCCCGGGGCCUCUGUCCGUCUACCCUCCGGCUUCAUCCUCUUCUCUGGCCGCGGGCCACUCCAGUCCGCACCUCUUCACUUUCCCGCCCACCCCUCCGAAGGACGUCUCCCCAGAUCCGUCGCUGUCCACCCCGGGAUCCGCCGGGUCGGCCAGGCAAGAUGAGAAAGAGUGCCUCAAGUAUCAGGUGCAGCUGCCCGAUAGCAUGAAGCUGGAGACGUCUCAUUCCCGAGGCAGCAUGACCACCCUGGGAGGGGCCUCGUCUUCAGCCCACCACCCCAUUACCACCUAUCCGCCCUAUGUGCCCGAGUACAGCUCCGGACUUUUCCCACCCAGCAGCCUACUGGGAGGAUCCCCUACCGGGUUCGGAUGUAAGUCGAGGCCCAAGGCAAGAUCCAGCACAGAAGGCAGGGAGUGUGUGAACUGCGGGGCAACCUCUACCCCACUGUGGCGGCGAGAUGGUACCGGGCACUACCUUUGCAACGCCUGCGGACUCUACCAUAAAAUGAAUGGGCAGAACCGGCCCCUUAUCAAGCCCAAGCGAAGGCUGUCAGCAGCGAGGAGAGCAGGGACUUCCUGUGCGAACUGUCAGACCACCACCACCACCCUCUGGAGGAGGAACGCUAACGGAGACCCCGUCUGCAAUGCCUGUGGGCUGUACUACAAACUCCACAAUAUUAACAGACCCCUGACUAUGAAGAAGGAGGGCAUCCAGACCCGAAACCGGAAGAUGUCUAGCAAAUCGAAAAAGUGCAAAAAGGUGCAUGAUGCGCUGGAGGACUUUCCCAAGAGCAGCUCCUUCAACCCGGCUGCUCUCUCCAGACACAUGUCGUCCUUGAGCCACAUCUCCCCGUUCAGCCACUCCAGCCACAUGCUGACCACACCGACGCCCAUGCACCCGCCCUCCGGCCUCUCCUUCGGACCUCACCAUCCAUCCAGCAUGGUCACCGCCAUGGGUUAGAGAGGCAGAGCCCUGCUCCACGUGCGUGAGGACUCUCCGAGUCUGUGGAGAGGUCCUCCGACCCCCUUCUACUUGCGUUUUCGCAGGAGCAGUAUCAUGAAGCCCGAAAAGCGACAGAUCUCUGUUUGUGAAGGCAGAAAGCAAAAUGUUCGCUUCUUUUUCAAAGGAGCUCCCGGUGGUGUCUGCGUUCCAACCACUGAAUCCGGAUCCCAUUUGUGAAUAAGCCAUUCAAUUGACUCAUAUUUCCCUAUUUAACAGGGUCUCUAGUGCUGUGAAAAAAAAAUAUUGCUGAACAUUGCAUAUAACUUAUAUUGUAAGAAAUACUGUACAUUCGAGGAAGACUUUAUUGUACCUGAAUAGCUGUAAGAAAGGCAUGUAAGACGCCAAGAAUUUUAAGGGAUAGAGGGAGAAUAAAGUAUGGAGAUACAGAAGAAACUAAGUCUGAUGUCCAAAUGGGCACGCUAUCAGUUUUCUUUCCCUUUAGUUGUUCGAUGCAUUUAAAAAAAAAAAAAAAAAAAAAAAAAAAAAAAAAAAAAAAAAGAAA